GCGCGCCGGCCUGUCGCCCCGCAGCGGCCCGGCCCGGGCUCCAUGAGCGGCGGCCUCGGCCUCCGGCGCAGCCCGGAAAUGUCCGGCAAGGUGGAGAAAGCAGACUCGCAGCGUUCACACCUCUCCUCCUUCACCAUGAAGCUGAUGGACAAAUUCCACUCUCCCAAAAUCAAGAGAACGCCGUCCAAGAAGGGAAAGCCCACUGAGGGGUCGGUGAAGAUUCCAGAGAAACCUGGGAACAAAGAGGCAAGAGACAGAUUUCUACCAGAGGGCUACCCUGUCCCCUUGGAUCUGGAGCAGCAGACAGUAGAAUUUAUGUCCACCAGUGCUGUGGCUUCCAGGUCUCAGAGGCAGAAGAACCUGAGCUGGCUGGAAGAGAAAGAGAAGGAAGUUGUCAGUGCCUUGCGCUACUUUAAGACAAUUGUGGACAAAAUGGCUAUUGAUAAGAAGGUACUGGAGAUGCUUCCAGGGUCCGCCAGCAAGGUGCUGGAGGCCAUCUUACCCUUGGUGCAGACCGACCCCCGGAUCCAGCACAGCUCAGCCCUCUCCUCCUGCUAUAGCCGGGUGUACCAAAGUCUUGCCAACCUCAUCCGUUGGUCUGACCAGGUGAUGCUUGAAGGGGUGAACUCAGAGGAUAAGGAGACAGUGACAACGGUGAAGGGCGUCAUCAAGGCCGUGCUGGACGGAGUGAAGGAGCUGGUCAGGCUGACCAUCGAGAAGCAGGGACGGCCGUCUCCAACCAGCCCUGUGAAGCCCAGCUCCCCAGCCGGCAAGCCUGACAGUCAGCCCGAACUCCCCCUGACAGACCGAGAAAUGGAGAUUCUAAACAAGGCAACAAGUGCAUCGACCUCCACAGAGUUACUCCCAGAUUCAGCCGACGAAGAGGCCGCGCCCCCUAAGCCCCCCUUGCCUGGCAUCCGGGUGGUUGAUAAUAGUCCCCCAGCAUUGCCACCUAAGAAAAGACAGUCGGCUCCAUCCCCUACCCGAGUGGCCGUGGUGGCCCCCAUGAGCCGGGCCACCAGUGGCUCCAGUUUGCCCGUGGGAAUCAACAGACAGGAUUUCGACAUGGACUGUUACGCACAGAGGCGCCUGUCCGGAGGCAGCCGGUCGUGUGGCGGCGAGUCGCCCCGCCUGUCCCCCUGCAGCAGCACGGGCAAGCUCAGCCGAUCGGACGAGCAGCUCUCCUCCCUGGACAGGGACAGCGGGCAGGGCUCCCGGAACACAAGCUGUGAAACGCUAGAUCACUAUGAUCCUGACUACGAAUUCCUCCAGCAAGACCUCUCCGACGCGGACCAGAUACCUCAGCAAGCAGCCUGUCACCUUAGCCCACUGCCAGAGUCCUUGGGGGAGUCGGGAUCUCCGUUUCUUGGCCACCCUUUCCAGCUGCCCCUGGGCUGUCCCCAGCCUGAGGUGCCCUUGGCCCCAGGGCAGCAGAUGGACACCCCACCCGCCCUUCCCGAGAAGAAGCGCCGCAGCGCCGCCUCGCAGGGCCCGGACGGCUCCGGCAGCAGGACGCCCUACGAGCGGCACCCCUCGCAGUACGACAACCUCUCCGAGGACGACCUGCAGAGCCAGCCCCCCGGCCCGCCCGGCCCCUACCCGCCCUUCGCCGCUGUCCUCCCCUUCCAGCCCGCGGGCUUCACUGCUCCAGAAUCAGCAGGUGACCCCGAGAAGCCACCGCCUCUACCAGAGAAGAAAAACAAAAACAUGCUGGCCUACAUGCAGCUGCUGGAGGACUACUCAGAGCCGCAGCCGUCCGUGUUCUACCAGACGCCGCAGAGCGAGCACAUCUACCAGCAGAAGAACAAGAUGCUCAUGGAGGUCUAUGGCUUCAGCGACUCCUUUGGCGCCGGGGACGCUGCCCAGGAGCUGGCCCCACCACCCGCCCUCCCCCCUAAGCAGCGGCAGCUGGCCUCCUUUGCUGCUUCUUCCUUCUCCUCUGUCUCCUACUGUGUCCAGCAAACUAAAGUGGCCUUCACCCCCGAGGACGGCAGUGCCACUCAGGGCCUCAGUGUGUCCGUGUCUAACUCCUUUCUCAGCCGGCACGGCAGCUUGCCCGUGCCCUCGGAGACCCCUGCUGGGAAAGAUGGACAUCCCAGAGAUCCCUCGACGGCCAGCACGCCUGGGAAGGACAGCAGAGAUGGCGGGGAGAGGGCCCCAAAGUCCCCGGAUGCUCUGGAGUCUCAGUCAGAAGAGGAAGUGGACGAGCUAUCGCUCAUUGACCACAAUGAGAUUAUGGCCAGGCUGACACUCAAGCAAGAGGGUGACGACGGGCCCGAUGUGCGCGGGGGGUCGGGGGACAUCUUGCUGGUCCACGCCACCGAGACAGACAGAAAAGAUCUGGUGCUGUACUGCGAAGCCUUCCUGACCACCUACCGCACCUUCAUCAGCCCCGAGGAGCUCAUCAAGAAGCUGCAAUAUCGCUACGAGAAGUUCUCCCCUUUCGCGGACACGUUCAAGAAGCGCGUCAGCAAGAACACGUUCUUCGUGCUGGUGCGGGUGGUGGAUGAGCUCUGCCUGGUGGAGCUGACGGAGGAGAUCCUGAAGCUGCUCAUGGAGUUGGUCUUCCGCCUGGUGAGCAGUGGGGAGCUCAGCCUGGCCCGAGUGCUGCGCAAGAACAUUCUGGACAAGGUGGACCAGAAGAAGCUGCUCAGGUGCGCCCACUCCGACCAGCCCCUGGCAGCCAGGGGCGUGGCAGCCAGGCCAGGGACCUUGCAUGACUUCCACAGCCAUGAAAUCGCCGAGCAGUUGACACUACUGGACGCCGAGCUCUUCUAUAAGAUCGAGAUUCCAGAGGUUUUACUUUGGGCCAAAGAACAGAAUGAGGAGAAGAGCCCCAACCUGACCCAGUUCACAGAGCACUUCAACAAUAUGUCCUACUGGGUCCGCUCCAUUAUCAUGCUGCAGGAGAAGGCCCAGGACCGGGAGCGACUGCUCCUGAAGUUCAUCAAGAUCAUGAAGCACCUGCGGAAGCUGAACAACUUCAACUCCUACCUAGCCAUCCUCUCCGCGCUGGACUCGGCGCCCAUCCGCAGACUGGAGUGGCAGAGGCAGACCUCAGAGGGCCUGGCUGAGUACUGCACCCUGAUCGACAGCUCGUCCUCCUUCCGGGCCUACCGGGCCGCACUCUCGGAGGUGGAGCCCCCAUGCAUCCCUUACCUGGGUCUGAUCCUCCAGGACCUGACCUUUGUUCACCUGGGGAACCCUGACUUCAUCGAUGGGAAGGUCAACUUCUCCAAGCGGUGGCAGCAGUUCAACAUCCUGGACAGCAUGCGGUGCUUCCAGCAGGCGCAUUACGACAUUCGCAGAAACGAUGACAUCAUCAACUUCUUCAAUGACUUCAGCGAUCACCUGGCCGAGGAGGCCCUGUGGGAACUCUCACUGAAGAUUAAGCCCAGGAACAUCACGAGGAGGAAAACGGACCGAGAGGAGAAGACCUAGGAGCCGGGCUGGGCGCCAGGAGCGGACUUGGAGCAGCCAGGCCGGCCGAGGUGGCCAGCUCUGGCCCGGCCCAACACGGGCCUCAGGCAGAGCCCGCGGCAGCUUUGGCCCAGCCCCUGGGCCCACGGCCAGCCAACAGGCAGGCCUGGACUAACUGGUGAACCACCGUCCCCUGGCCUGGUUGUUUUCUGCCCGCCUCGCGCGCCCUCCUGUACCCCAGGCCCAGGUGGGGCAGGACCUCGUCAGCCAGCAGAGAGGGCAGACCCCGGCCCUCCCUAGGGGCAGGCUCCCCAGCCUUCGGAGGAGCAGAGGAGCAGAGGCCAGACACUCAGGGCACCCAGACGGGAUCGGCCCAGCAUAGGAGGCUGAGAAGGGCCAGGGAGACAACUGGGCACAGAAGGCAGAGGGCCAGAGAGACAGCGGGCACCUCAGCCAUGGGGUGCCCUGGGGGGGGUGGCAGGUGACGCUCAGUCCUAGUACCCAUCACAGUACCCCGUCCUGGCACCUUGUCCUGCCCCACCUAGCCAGGCUGCUGCCCUGUCUGCACUCGGGGCCCCAGGCCCCGCCCACACCUCCUUGCACUGGAGCUGAGGUGUUGGCAAAGGAAAGGGGGUGCCGGGUUGGGCCAGGCUGAGAAAUGGAGAGCAGAUCCAGAAGUGGGGGUGCUUCGCCACCCUGGGGAGGGCCACAGCCCACACCCCCACCCCGCACCUGCCCUGUGCCUUAACCGCCACCUGAUGCCCUCCCGGCCCCACGGCUGCUCCUAGCUGGCACUCCCCCAGGAGCCAAAAGUUCCUAACCCCUCCUCCCAGCUGUGGACUGGGGCUGUGGGGUCCCUGAGUGUGGAGUGUGGGGGUGCAGGCAGCACCUCUCAGCCAGGUGCUCUGCCAAGGGUGCCGAUCCCAGGCGGUGUGCGGGGAUCGAGGCGGAGGUGCCCAGGACCUCCCUGGGUGGUGGGCACCGCGGGCUGGGACCCAGUGUGUGGACCUCCAGCCCCGGGGGUGGGGCGGGGCGGGCACAGCUCGGGCGCCCUCAGCCCAGCGCACAGCACAGGGGAGGCAGAGGCUGCGCCUGCGCGUGGAGCAGUUACACGCUGCGCGCGGCCUGCCCCGCGGAGCCCCGCCCGCUCGCUCCUUGGGGAUUUCUAAGCAGCUGUUUUCUCCUCCUCUGUGUUUCUGUGUCCUGUAAAUAGAGGCUGCGCGCGCUGUGCCUCAGUGGGCAGCAGCUGUCACUUGGUUAUUUAAGGCGUGUGUGUGUGUGGUGUUGGGUUCUGAGCAGUGUUGUGCGUGGGGUGGUUUGAAGUCCUUUCAUUUCAGUCCUUGCUCCCUGCCUCCCAUCCUCUGCCCAGCUCUGGGGGGCUGCAGCGGGCUCCAGGUGAGGCCCCUCCCCCAGCCCUGGGCGGCUCCCUGCAGCCCAGGUGGGCCUGUCCAGGGACUGGGCAGAGGACAGGGCGGGGUUCCCUUCGUGAUUCCCAGCAGACCUGGUGCCCACCUCAGACUGCCCAGCCCUCCCGGUGCCAGGGAGCCCUGGGGCCAUGCCUGGAACUGCCCACGGAGGACACGAGGCUCAGUGUGUGUGUGUAACUUAUUGGCCAAUGGCUCCCCUGCUCUCCUGCCCCGGCCGCGCUGCGGCUCUUCUGCCCCGCGGGGGCUGUGGGACGGGGCUGGACGGCGGGCAUCCCGCAGAGGCCCGUCCUCACAGCAGGGCCGGUGGAGCCCCGGCAGGUGGGGACAGGCUGCGUCUGACCAGAACCCUGGUCUGAGAUGGGCCCCCCACCCCGGCGGCCCCACAGCCUCCCCGCGUGGCAUGGCGUGAUGCAAACUCCCCGCUAACCUGCCCGACAGCAGCCCCUUCCUGCCGACGCUGCAGACCUGUAACUUUUAUAUGAAAGGAAAAUAAACAGGCCGGAGCCAU